ACGACUGAAAAUUGUUAAAAAAUACACAAAAUAUUAUCAAAACUUUAUUUAACCAUAAAAGAAGUGUGUAUCAACCAUUUUCUAAGCAUUUGCAGUUUACUUUUUACAGAAUUAGCUUGGUUUUUCGCAAGUUGAAAAUUUCAAUGUAUUGAACGGAAAAAAAUUAAUCAAAAACAUGAUGGAAGUUACUCAAAAUAUGGAACUGUCGAAACUGCCAACCGAUGAGAGUAUAAUAAAAAGCAUAGCUUUGGACAACAACCAUGAAGUGGAAGUACUGUCCAGCCCUGAUAUCACAGCUGCAGCUAAAGAGAACGGAAACUUAUCAGUGCCUGAAGUCGAAGAGGUCGAUUCCAAAUACAACACCAAUGAAAAUGAUUUGGACACAAUAUCGAAAGAUGACGGUGAAGUGGCUUUAAUAAAAGAUAGUACACAAGAAUUAACAGAUGAAAAUGUUGAUAAGUCGGCCUGUGGUGUUAACCGAGAGCGCGAUACGGGUAGCGAUUUAGAUGCGUUACUACAUAAAAUAAGCUCGAUUGUCGACUGCGUUUCUAAGAAGCCUGCUGAAGGACUCUUAUCAGAGGAAGCUAAAUCUAAAAAUCUGGACCAGAGAAAUCUAAAAGACGAUAGCAUAAUGGCGAAUGAAAAUAAUAGUACCGAAAAUAAUGUGGAAUCGAACGAUACCUCUGAAGGCGACGGCAAAAAAGACAUGAAUAAAAUCGUAAAAAUUACAGACGCCAAAGAAGCAAACGUAGUGAAAAAGAUCCCCAUACAAAUAAAAAACGAUGUAAAACAGAUUCAACUAAAAGAAAUAUCUCCAGAUAGCAUCGAAUUGAAUAAUACCGAUGCAGUAACAGAAAAAAAUGAGCCAGUACCAUCCUCCAAUGAAGAUGUCUUCAUGGAUGCACUGGAAACCAUCAGUUCCUCAGAUGAUUUCGAUGCCUUUGCCAGUCAAGAGUCUAAAAAGUUUAAAAGUACAGAUUCUAAGAGUGAAGCAGAUUCUUAUCAUAAAGAAUCGAAGCAAAAACAUUCCAAUGGGCUGGAAUUAAUUUCGGAUGAAAGCUUAGAUCAGUUCAACGAUGAAAAAGUUGAUAAAUCCAAAACGGACGUAACAUUUAUUAAUCUUGAUUCUUCCGAAGAAUGCUUACCGAGCGCUGAAGCUUUGGAGAAAGAAGAGACGAAAAUAUCUGUCGACUGCCUCGAACAAGAUAGUCAAGCGUCUAAUCUGCCAGCAGAAGAUAUGAAUAAAUUGAAAACUGUUGAUGUAGUCGAGUCAGCUCCUAUGAAAGCAGAUACCGAAACUUCUGUGAACGAAUUAAGCAUCGAGGCGACGAAUGAAUUUGAAACGGAUGAGAAUAAACUUUUAAAUUCUGACGAUGCUGUUGAUGAAAACAAAUCGAAUGAAGAUACUUCAGAAAGGUCUAAUGAGGUAGCAGCUUUAAAUAAAAAUUGGUCGGCAAAGGAUUUGGCUAGAACGAUAAACAGUAAUGAUGACAGUACCAAGACAAUUCUUGCCUCAGAUACUAAGGGAAAUGAAGCUGAUGAAGCCCAUGUAUCUGAGGAUAAAGAGACGGCGGAUAAGAUUUCAGAAGCCAAACCUGAAGACGAAAUGUGUGUUGGGUCGUCUUCCAUUGCCAAAAAUGAGAAAAAUGAACUACAUGCAAAAGACCAAGAUUCUGAUGAUGAAGUAAUAUUUUUCGAGCCCAUUGAAAAAGAGGCAGAAGAAAAUAACUCUAUUGGUAGUCCUCACACGGAAGAAAAAAAUCAGCCAUCUUUAACGGUUGAUAAAAAAGACGAUGAGAUUGUGUUGCUGUCUGAGGACGAAGAUGAAAAUUUGAUUCGGAAGAAACCAGGAAAACACACAUCCAGCAAAACAGUUGAAAGUGUGAAAAGUAGUGCUGAACCUGAAGCGAAUAAUGGAGUGAGUCUUGAACCUGUUAAGGCCACGAACUUGAACACUGACAACUCGGACAACGCUUGCGAUCAGUUUGAAAAAUCAAAAUCUUUUGAAAAACUGAAAUCAAGUUUAAUAGACGAUACCAGCAGCAAUUCGAGCAGCAAUUUGCUAUGUCUUUCGAAUAAACGAGUGACCCAAUCAAAUGAAGUUGCCACUACAGAGGUUGAUGACGCCGAUGUUGAAAUUAUUCCAGACGAACCUGAAGACGAGCAACUGUAUACGAAAAUACCCCCACUAAAGCGACUCAGACUAAGCACAGAAGACGACGAGAAAGCGCCAUGCCAACCAAAUAAUAGCUGUUCUUCUGUCGUCAAAGAAGAUCAAGAUGCUUCUGAAACAUCUGGUGUUAAGCGCACAUACGAGUUAGUGGAUAGUCCCACGCCGAAGGAGGAAACUCCAAACAAGAAAAUAAAGACUGAUGAUUCGGACUCCAAUAACUCUAACGACGGCCAAUUACACAUUGAUUUGGAUGCGCAAGAAAAGGACGGCGAAUUGCCAUUAAAGUCACCUGAGCAAGCCCUAAAACAAGAACAAGAGAAAAUCGAGCUAAGUAAAAACGACGAACAACAAGAUCUAAUUGAAGAGAUAAAGCCAAUUAAGUUGCAGCCUCCGCCAGAGUUGAAGACCGAUGUUCCGCCAUUGCGCCUAGAGUUUAUGAAAACUUUUCGAAAGAGCUUUGACAAAAUGACUCGGCACGACUUGGAGGAACUUGUGCUACAAAAGGUUGUCGAAAGCAUGCUGGUAAAGAGCGAGUUCGCUGAGUUAAACAGCCAAGUAGAAAAGUACAAGGCUUCAAUGGCAACAUAUCGUCGCAAAAUCGCCGAAAUCUCCAAACAGUUUCUGGAUCUUGACACAGUUCACAAGCGUGUGGUAAAGGAUCUUGAAGCCAAGAAUGGACAGUUUACGGCACCUGUAAGAAUUACCCGAGCCGUUGGGCUGCAGGUCGGUAUGUCCGUUAAGAAACCUACCGAGGACACACGCCCGCCAAGCAGUACCGGAGUGAAUAGUAGCAACAGCAUCGGAUCGUUAUCAGGUAGCCAAGCACGUACAGGCACAUCACCCAAAAAUAUGGGUUCUCCGCCCAAAAAUGUUGGCCCAACAUCAAAAAAUGUGGGCACAUCUUCAAUCCGUUCCCCUGUGAGGGGUUCAGUCCCCGCGGCCGCAUCUAUCGCAACAACAAGACCAGGUCCCCAGCCAAGCUCCAGUCCGAACACAUUGCGCAGUGCCUCCCAAUUUGGUCCUUAUGGUCCGGGUGUAAAUAGUUCCGCACCGUCAGUGCGUCGUGGUUGCAUGCAAAAGAUUACCCCUCAGCGUCCGGGGCCAAUAAACAACUCUCAUACUCCUGUCAGUAGUAAUCAGCCCUCAUUAGGUGGUCCGCGGCCGCAGUCAGGGAUAACAUACACAUCCGUUAUGCAGGGCAAGACAUCGCCAAUAAGUAAGCUGCCAGCAAGUACCAGUUCAACUGUGACUGCUGCAGCAGUGGCUGCGGCAACUGCGGCUGUCAUACGUUCUCGCAGCAUGGGAAGUGCAUCAUCUGGUAAGGACUUCCAACAGGCGUAUGCCACUCAGAAGCAGCAGCAGCAGCAACAACAACAGCAGCAGCAACAACAACAAAUGAACAACCAACUGCGCAAUAAUCAGCAAUACAAGUUGGGUCCAAAGGUCCCUGCAAAAGUUCGAUUGCCUGUGGGUGGUACCGUCUCUGUCCCCGUAUCGAAUACUCAAGCCUAUAGUCAGCCCAAUUUGACACCUGCCAAACCCAAAGAAAAGGCAGUAAUUGAUUUGACCGACGAGGAUGAUGCAGCAGCUGCUGCUGCUGCUGCUGCGGAUGCUACUUCUCGGCUAAGGCAAACCCCUAAUGUCACGAUAAAACGCUCUGUUCAAGCGUCGGUCACAGCGCUUCAAGGCGGAAAUGUGCGUCCGGUGGCCGGCAGUGUGGUGCGUGUAUCCCCGCUAAAUAUGCCACGUGCCAAUGCUGUGGCGCGUCAGAUUGUGAAUACCGUCAACUCCCAAGCUCCACGCCCCACAAUUGGCUCCAAUGUGACCAUGCAAAUACGAUCAGAGAAUGUCCCGCCUAGUUCGACACGACUGCGCUACUCGCAUCCGGCACCGCUGCCCACUUCACCUGCCCAACCCUUUAAUCCUGCAUGGAAAAUGCCGCCAUCUCGACCCGUCAUCCGAAUCAGUUUACACGACAGCGGCAUUGUAAUUUCGUGGACACUAGAGGAUACCACAAAUCGCUUUUCUAACUGCGUCACUUACCAAAUUUACGCUUACCAAGAAACCAUCCACGAGCCUAGCACUGACUCUUGGAGGCAUGUGGGCGAUGUGAAGGCAAUGCUCUUGCCCAUGGCAGUGACGCUGAAUCAGUUCCAGGAGAACCAGCGAUACUAUUUUGCGGUACGAGGGGUCGACUGCCAUCAACGUUAUGGUCCAUUCAGUCUACCAAAGACAUGGAACUAAAUAUUUUGGUCCGUCGAUAUUGUUUUAUUGCCGUGACGACGCGUUAAUUUGUGGUUAAUUUAUUUAUAUUUAGGCUUGUUCUGUUUUCCAAUUUCAAUAUUUAAAAUAUGUUUGAAGAAUAAGCGUUUAUCUGAAAUUUAUAAAGUAAUGCUGUUAAUCCUAGAAACAAAACGUGUUUUUUCGGAAUUCCGAACAGGCCUAAAUGAAAUGCCCAUUUUUUUGCUUCGAAUCUACAAGUACGAGUAUCUGCUCUAAAUUCAAAAUAUUAACGUAUUCAUAAUUUGUUCCUUAAGUAAAAAAUAAAUAAUUUAAAAAAAACACAAGCAAACCACAUAAAAUAGUACCAGUAAUCGUCUUCAAUUUUUAAUUCAUUUUAG